UUCACCUAAACACAACGCCAACUUGGAUCGUCAGUUGCAUCGCUUCACCUGUGUUCGCUUCACCUCUGCAGACCCUUCACCUAAACACAACGCCAACUUGGAUCGUCACGUCCAAUCCCUUCUUUGAAGAUUGUAUUAACCCGUCCCAUAUUUUUUUUUUUCCAUUUCCCUGCCGUUUGCUGAAACUCUCAGCGGAUGUUUAUUGAUGCAGAUCAACCAAAAUUACGGUGUGUUGGACUGCUAAACCUGUCCCUUUAAACGAUGACAGCCAGGACUGGAGCGCAUGUUGUGUGUUUUCCUUUGAUCUGUGUUUUGGUUGGGAGGAAAGCGCUCGUACCGCGCGCCUGACCCUACAUUUCCAUAUGGACGCGUGUGGAGAGGCGGGAAAGCCAUAACACUAAGAGGAAUGACUCGCCCAUUUGUAAAACUCUUCACAACUUUAUUUGCAUGCAUGAUAGAAAUGGAUCACCUCAGGAUAAUGGUUGCAAAAGAGCAUGAGAGGUCACCAGCAAGAGGCUCAUCACUGACUAUGUCACCUUCUGAUUUCCUGGACAAACUGAUGGGAAAAACAUCAGGCUAUGAUGCACGUAUAAGACCUAACUUCAAAGGUCCCCCUGUAAAUGUCACCUGCAACAUAUUUAUCAACAGCUUUGGUUCUAUAGCUGAAACCACCAUGGACUACAGAGUAAACAUCUUCCUGAGGCAGAAGUGGAAUGACCCUCGGCUUGCUUACAGCGAGUACCCUGACCCCUCACUCGACCUGGAUCCCUCCAUGUUAGACUCCAUCUGGAAGCCCGACUUGUUCUUUGCCAAUGAGAAGGGUGCCAACUUCCACGACGUCACUACUGACAACAAGCUCCUGAGGAUCUUCAAGGAUGGAACAGUUCUCUACAGCAUCAGGCUGACAUUAAUCCUGUCCUGUCCAAUGGAUCUGAAGAACUUCCCAAUGGAUGUUCAGACGUGCACGAUGCAACUUGAGAGUUUUGGCUACACUAUGAAUGACCUGGUGUUUGAGUGGUUAGAUAAGGGGCCAGUGCAGGUGGCAGAGGGGCUGACCUUACCACAGUUCAUCAUGAGACAGGAGAAAGAGUUGGGCUACUGCACCAAACACUACAACACAGGUAAGUUCACCUGUAUAGAGGUGAAAUUCCAGCUGGAGAGGCAGAUGGGCUACUACCUGAUCCAGAUGUACAUCCCUAGCCUGCUCAUUGUCAUCCUGUCCUGGGUCUCCUUCUGGAUCAACAUGGACGCCGCCCCUGCCCGUGUUGCCCUUGGCAUCACCACGGUGCUCACCAUGACGACGCAGAGCUCUGGCUCCAGAGCCUCGCUGCCCAAGGUCUCAUACGUGAAGGCCAUAGACAUCUGGAUGGCUGUCUGUCUCCUAUUCGUCUUCGCUGCGCUACUCGAAUAUGCAGGAGUGAACUUUGUAUCCAGGCAACAGAAAGAGUUUCUCAGGCUGAAGCGAAGGCAAAGGCGUAAUCUUCAGGAGGAGGAACUGAGAGAGGGUCGUUUCCAUUUUUCCGGUUAUGGCGUGGCUUCCUGUGUAAAGGACGGCAUGGCAGCGAAGGGCCCUGUAGCUGGCAUGGUCCAGCAGCCGUCCAUCCUGAGGGACGUGGAAUGGAGUCGGAAGAAGUUUGUGGACAGAGCCAAGAGGAUUGACACAAUCUCCAGAGCAGCAUUCCCACUCGCCUUCCUUAUUUUCAACAUCUUCUACUGGGUCACAUACAAAAUAAUCCGACAUGAAAAUGUCGCCAAAGUUUAGCAGUUUCAUUGUCCUUGAGCUCUUCGAGAAGAGCCAGAGGUCUCCACAGUUUCAGCUCAUUGGGGGAGGGAGCUGAGUUCCUUGGACGAUUUUUAUGGAGCUUUCAUGUUUUCAAUCAGGGACAAAAAACAUGAAAAGAAUUCAUGGAAGAUUAUAGAUGUGCAGUAUGUUACAAAUGCAGGCAGUACAUUGUAGGUACAGAGAAUUUUAACAUGUUGAAUAAUUUAGAAAGGUUAUUUAUUACAAGCACAAUGAAGACCAUAAGUAAUUGGUUAGUGACAUUUUUUUAUGUUUUGGCUCUGUACUCUAUCACAGCGGAUUUGAAAUGGCACAAUAACUAUAAAGAUAAGCUGCUGUAACGUUUGCCCGAGUGCCGCAGGGCACGGAACAGAACGCACAGAUUCCCUCGACACUGUGAAACAUUUAUUAACAUGAAACAUAAAAGACAAUGGUGGCACUCACACAUAGUGCUAACAUUCAGCACAAACACACUUAAACGGAACAUCGACACCAAUAGCAACAUAAGCAAACAACAUCAACACUAACAUUAACAUUGACAAUGAGCAACGAGGUGCACACUGACAGCGGUUUAAAUAGACAUACAAACACUUAACGUCUAAACCCUGUACAGGUGUGCGCC